UCGAAACGCAGCAACCUUGGGGGAGAGAGAGAGAGAGAGAGAGAGAGAGAGGGAGAAAUUGGGGGACUAGCUUUAUCGAGACAAAGUGAGAGAUGUCGCUGGUGGACUACGCUUCUUCAGAGGAAGACGAAGCUGGGGUUAGAGAAGAAGAUAGAGAAGAAGGAAAGAGGGAAAGCUCCCAACUCCCACAAAAUGAAUCACUACUUCCAAGACUUGAUCAACAGCCUCCGUGGAACCAGAGAUCUGAGUCGUCCUCAAUUGAGUGCCCUGUGAGUUCUCAUUCAGCAGAGUCCUCUGUUGUGAAGCUUCCUGAUGCCUCCCUCCUUUUAGAUUCUACUCCUUUGUCAUCUCAUGUGGUGAGUGGUUAUGAUCAUUCCUCUCGAGUUGCAGCUGCAAUAGCUGAAUGUGCAUCACGCAAAAGAGAAGGAAUUGCAUUGGCUUCUGCUUUACCACGGAGUAAAGUUCCAAGGGGUAAGUUGCCACAUUCAAGAAAUGUUCCAGAUACAGUAGGUGAUCUGCUAGUUCCUCCUCAGCUAAGUGGAAGGAGCAACAUCGUCACCGAAGAUAUAAGCAAACUGUUUGUACGAAAACAAGGCGACCUCAGUUCGCAAAAUGAGGGAUAGUUCCUUGUAGCUGAGCCUGCUGUAGCUUUAGAUCAACGUACCCCCAUUCUGUUGUACUGUUUUUUUUACGUUGCCAAAUGUGUAACUUGAGAACCUUAGAGGUGCUGGUUGUACUGUUUACUUUACGUUGCAAAAUGUGUUGCUUGAGAACCUUAAGAGGUGCUGCCUUGCCUUGCCUUGCCUUUGUGUAACGGGGCAAUGUUUUUUCUACCCUGCAAUACAACAAAGGGUUGUGUUUGUUUUUUA